UUCAACUCAAAUUCAAAGUGAAGACGUCGUGACUACUCCUGAAAUUCCAGCGAUGACAUCAGAAGACAGCUCAAGUUCAAGUGAAUCAGACUCAGAGAAUGACUCUGAAAGUGAUCARACAGUAAGCGCAUCCGAAGACGAUUACGAAAAUCCUUUACAAUGGGAAGGAUUAUCAGAUGAAGAAUAUGAAAGAAUUGUAAAUCAACCUGAUGUCCAGCCAGCACAAAAUACUCCAGAAUUAAAUAGUAUGCAACGAUGUAAACUUCUGAUGACGUGGCUCCUGUACUUCAUAUUUGUAUGGCAGUUUUUCUAUAUGUUGARCGACAAAAGUAUUGAGUCAUUGCUGAAAUUCCUAAGUGCAUUCCUUUUGAUGAYUGGGGAGAAAAUACAAGAUACUACUGGAUGCAGCUUUUUAGUAUCUAUUGCAAGUAUUGUUCCUGUAACUAUGUAUUCGUUUAGACGUUUUUUAGGYAUCAAAAACGAUAACUUUGAAAGAUAUGUAGUUUGCGGGAAAUGCACGAAAAUAUUCAGGCACGAUGACUGUAUAACAUAUGAUGAAACUGGACGUCUUCAAUCCAAACUGUGCGAUAAUGUAGAAUUUCCAAGGUCAAAAAGGAAAAAAGUGUGCGAGAAUCGCUUGAUGGAAAAAGUUUUGUUGAAAGAUGGAACUGUUAAGUACGUGCCGAGAUAUACAUAUUGCUACAAAAGCGUUAUUGACUCACUAGAGACACUACUGAAAAGAAAAGGUUUUAAAGAUAAAUGCGAACAAUGGCGUAAACGAAAAGUUCACAGUGAUAUAUAUGGUGAUGUUUAUGAUGGAAAUGUAUGGAAAAACUUUUGCAAAUAUAAAGGUAAAGAUUUUUUAAAUAGCCCACAUGCUUACGGCCUCAUGUUGAAUUGUGACUGGUUUCAGCCAUUUAAGAGAAGAUCUGACUACUCAGUAGGUGUGUUAUAUUUGGCUCUGAUGAAUCUUCCACGGUCUGAAAGGUUCAAAAARGAAAAUAUUAUAAUACUGGGAAUAAUUCCAGCCUUAUCUAAAGAGCCAUCUACUUUGACUCACUUUUUAUCGCCUUUCGUCGAUGAACUACUUUCAUUAUGGAAAGGGGUUAGAGUAGAGAUGUCCGACGAAUCAGAGGUUGUUAGCAUAAGGGCGGCGCUGUUGUGCUGUGCCUCAGACAUUCCUGCCGCACGUAAACUAUGUGGAUUGCUUAGCCAUCAGGCAACUAGAGGUUGCAGUCACUGUCUGAAAUGUUUCCCGGGAGGUUUUGGGGAGAAGAAAGAUUACAGUGGUUUUAAAGACAGGGAAGACUGGCCGUUAAGAACAGACGAACAACACAGGCGAGACGCUAAAAAAACCUUAAAGUGUAAAUCUAAAUCAGCAAGACGAAAGAUGGAAAGCGAGCUAGGSUCGCGGUAUACUGAGCUACUACGACUGCCGUAUUACGGUACUGUAACGAUGUGCAUCAUUGAUCCUAUGCACAAUCUUUUCCUCGGAACUGCAAAAAAGCUUUUUAAAAUUUGGAUGAAAAAUGAACUAAUAUCAAAGAAAAAUGUUAUUGACAUUGAAAAACGUAUUACAAACAUGAAUGCCACGUCAGAUCUAGGAAGACUGCCUUCAAAUAUAACUACCAAUUGCGGUGGAUUUACAGCUUCCCAAUGGCAGAAUUGGAUUCUCUACUACUCAUUAUACUGUAUGGAAGGAAUAUUACCCGACGAACAUAUGAACUGCCUUCAAGCAUUUGUAAUUGCUUGUAGACUUCUGUGUAAGACGUCCAUUUCUAAAACUGAUCUUUUCCUGUCAGAUCGUAAGUUUCUUGAUUUUGCCAAUAAGUUUGAGGUUUUAUAUGGAAAGGAUUCUGUCACACCAAAUAUCCACUUACAUUURCAUUUAAAAUCUUGCAUUGAAAAUUAUGGCAGUGUGUUUGGAUUUUGGUGUUUUAGCUUUGAGCGAUAUAAUGGUUUACUGGGUAAUUUUCACACGAACAAUAAGACAAUCGAGGUUCAACUCAUGAGAAAAUUCCUAAGCAUGAACUUUGCAUAUAACCUUCAAUACGAACUUCCCAAAGAGUAUAGCGAGUACUUUAUGCCACAUUGUAGGGCAAUGAUAAAUGAUGCUGUGCUUCACACUCAGAUGAGAGAAUUUGUAUCUAACCCCAUGAUUACAAACUUUCAACAAUGGACACGAGCACCACUAAGCGAGUUAGCUGAGCAAGUCUGGAGAGAUACGAGUAAUAUCGUUUUACCUAAGCAUUUUAAGGUGUGCUCAUUCGAUGAAGAUGAUUUAGGGCACUUGCUUAAUAUGUACAAAAAUAUUUAUCCAAGUCUCAAGAUMAAAAUUUCCCAUCUKAACAGGACGUUCAGAAAAUACAGCUCAAUGAUGGUAUUGAAUGAAGUAUUUGGUUCAAAGCUAAAAUCGCGUCUUUCAUUGUAUGGUCAUAUCAUGGCAUCAUGGACAAAUGAUGACGGUAAUUUGACAAAUUCCUUUCAUGAAAGAYCUGGUAUUGUUCAGUUCUACAUACGCCACACUUUGCGAAUCAACAAAUUGGAUACACAACACGUGAUAGCUGUUGUAAAAUGGUACAAAAAGUCAACAGGCUCAGUGUACCUUAAUCCCUUGUCUAUGUGGUUCAACAAUGAGUAUGUUGAACCAGGCCCAGCAACGUUUUUACCGGUGCAACGAAUCAGGAGUCGUUUCAUAUAUGGAAAAGAUACGUCUGGAAACAAAGAUGUGAUAAUUGUAUCUCCUUUAUUAAGGCACAUAUUCCAAUGA